AUGAGCCGCACUCGGAGCCCGCGCGCGCGCACGACCGCCGCCGUGCUGGCGGCGGUGCUCGCGGCAGCCCAGGCGCCGCUCGCCGCUUCCGCGCCGCAGGGGGGGGGCCGCAGGGCUUUCCUCGCCCGCAACGGGACCGGCUGGCCAGAGGCCGCGGCCGAGCCCGAGGCCCCGCCGCCGCCCGAGCGGCGCGAUCAUCGCGGAGGGGCCGCCGCGCUGCUCGAGGAGCUCGAAGAGCUCGUCUCGAGGCGUGAGCAGGCGAUGGCGAAGACGAGCUGGCUGCUGGGCGGGAUCACAGCGGCGGCGGCGGGCUCCGUGGUGCUGGGCACCACUGUGUUGGGCGUGGACGCCGCCAGGAAUCGGAGGCAGGACUGA